AUGAUUAUUAUUCUUUUCUAUAAAGGUAUUCCAUCAUUGUUCAUUCUUUCAUCCGAUGGAACAAUUUUAUCACGUCGUGGUCGUGAUGACGUUUCACGUAAAGAAAUCGAAGCAUUGAAAACAUGGGCACGAGGAGAAAAACUACCUCCUCCUUUGCCAGAAGAAUUUGAAUGGUCAUGUGUCACAUGUGAUGGAUGUAGCAUGGCUCCUCUUAUUGGUCAAAGAUAUCGUUGUUCAACAUGUGGUAAUUAUGAUCUAUGUUCGGCGUGUGAAAAGAAAGGGCAUGAACAUCCACUUGAACUUGUACCACAACCAACUGAAGAUGACGAAGACUGA